AUGCCACCCCGCAAAUCCACCAAAAAACAGACGCGACUUUCUUUCGCCACAUCGGCAGCUCCGCCAUCCCCCGAUGUAAGCCAAAAGCAAAGCAAUCGAUACGCGACACUUAAAUUCAGCGAUGCAAGCCUGGGAACAUUACGUCGCCCAAAGUCUCAAAAAAGCAAGCCGGAGAAGUCACCCGAGAAGAAACGUGCAGGGCUUGCCACUGAAACGGGAGCCAAGGAAAAAGCAACGAAAGAUGCGCUAGAUCAUGAACCUGUAGGCGAGCCUGUCAUUCCCGCUUCCAAGAAACGAAAGCAACCCGCCCAACCCGAUAAUAUCGAAGUGGUAAUCCGCAGCCCACCAAAUGCCAAUGAUCUCCAAGAGCCGAAGAAAGCGCGCCGGUCUUCGCGGUCAUCGAAGAAACAGGCUGAGAACAAAAAGGGUUCUGAUUCUGCGGGGCUAGCUUCACCGCGCCGAACAUUGAAGCGCAAGGCUGUAAGCUCGCCGAUUAUUCCCAGCGACUCGGAUGAGCCAGUGGCUACUUCAGUCUUCAAGAGGAGCAGGACUACACGUAGUGGUCUUUCUUCAGAGUCACCGGUCGUACCCAGCGACGAUGACGAUGACGAUGACGAAGAUAACGAGCCUGUAGCUCCUUCGACUGCCCAGAGGCGCAGAGCUGCAAGGUCAGCUGGAGUAUUUGAUCACGAUGAUGAUUCGGACGAGCCAGUCCCUUCUUCGCCUGUGAAGAGAUUACGACGUGGGCAGGACAAAGAGGCUUCUCAGACCCCUCGUACCCCGCGUCACGUCUCUAGCCAGGCUAGACUUGACAUUGAGGAGGAUUUAGAAGAUCUCCAAGACUCAGUUGUUAAGAAAAGUCGAACUCGCGGGCGCAAUGUCGAAUCUGCCCGAGACAGGAGAAUGAAGCACCUAGAAGCUCUUCGCCGUAGACGAGCUGGUUUGAAGGAAGAAGACGAAGAGGAAGAGGAAGAGGAAGAAGACGGAUCUGAUUCAGAUGUUCAGGAGAUCGAACGACCCAGCAGUAAUGGCCUAGGUCUCUGGCGACAUCACGGCGCAGAGAGCGACGAGGAAUCAGCCGUCGACCCUAACGAGGACCUCGAUCGAUACGAAGAUGAUUUCGUCCUGGAAGACGAGACAAACGACCUCGGUGUCCCCACCGAGGAAAUCCCCUUCGAGUUCACCCGACAUGCAUACAAACAGCCGAAGGAAUACUUCCGCGACGUGAUCGGCUGGAUGGUCCAGAACAAACUGAACCCGGCAUUCCCUCGAUCCGACACCAUGUACAAAAUGGCAUUCAUGAAAAUCGAAGACGAAGUCAAAGGCCGCGCUGGAUCCCAAUUGAUCUCCUCAGUCUGGAACCCCGGUUUUGUCUACGCCCUCCAGGCCCGGCCACAUGUAGAUAUCUCUGCCUUCCCCACGGAAGAAAAUCACUCUUGCGAUGCUUGCGGGCGCUCUGGACAUCCUGCUUCUAGUGACAUGAAGCUUUACGGGAAAGCUUAUUCCCUGGAAACCCUAGAGCCGUUGAAUGAUGAAAAUGGCGAUAGCGAGAACAGCGAUGACGAGUCUGGUGAUAACGACAGUCAGGACCGGGAUAGAGAUGGCCAUGUCAUCCCUCCCGAGAACAUUCAUUUCUAUCUAGGAAGACAAUGUAAAUCAAGAGCUCAGCUCGCUCACACGCUCACCCACUGGCGCUUCCAUCUCAAUGAAUGGGUCAUCGACUACCUCGAGCGAACGGGCCACAUGGACGAUGACGAGAUCCUUCGCCGAAACGAUCUGAGCAUUAAGCGAAAGACGCGGAAUGCAAAUGAUGUCCUCGACAAGAUGACCGGCACUGGUGAAGUGGAUAAGCUCUGGCGUGAUUUCCACAUCAAUCUGAAGUCUGCGCGUGAGAAGGAGUCUAUCUAUGGAUGA